AUGUCGCUCUUGGUCGUGCUUGCAUUGUUGGGCGCCAUGCUCUUCGCCUCCCCCGUGGCGUACGAUGCCCAUCGCGUUGGCGAUCUUCCUGGGCUCAAGCAGACGGACGUCCCGUUCUCACACUUUGCCGGCCAGCUACAUUUGUCAACACCUACCGAGGAAAAGCUGUUCUACUGGUACGCGCAGUCGCGGUGCUCGCCCGAGAGCGACCCCAUUGUGCUCUGGUUGAACGGCGGUCCAGGCUGUGCGUCGUCUGAAGGUUUCUUCACGGAAAACGGCCCGUUCGUCGCCAAGCGCGACGGGACGGUGGGGCUCAACCCGUACGGCUGGAAUGCCCGUGCCAACAUUGUGUGGGUGGACUCGCCGUCAGGAGUCGGCUUCAGCCAGCCUCUACAAGCUGCGAGUGGCUACUAUAACGACGACGUCGUGGCGGACCGGCUUCGACUCUUCCUCCGUGAGUUUUUCAACAGGUAUCCGGAGCUCCAAGGGCGUGACUUUUACGUGACCGGGGAGAGCUACGCCGGCAUGUACAUCCCGUUCCUGGUGGAGCGUUUGGUGGACGACCCGCUGGAAGGUGUGAAGCUCAAGGGUUUUGCCAUUGGUAACCCACUAACGGACAUGGAGAUCGACGGCAACGCGUACAUGGAUUACUACUACUCGCACGCACUCAUUUCACGCGGAGAUUACUUCACGCUUCUGGAUUAUUGUGACCACGAUGUGGCGCAGUGCAUGUUUACGAAAGUCAACUGCACUUCGCGCUGCGAAGAGGCCGUCUUGAAAGCGCACGAGGCUGCGGAUACUGGCGAGUUUAACCACUACUACAUUUACGGCGAUGUGUGUCACCUGAAGAACAAACAACGCGGUGCCCUGCACUCGCACCUGCUUGAUAAAGUGGACCCGAAGAUCCAGAUGCACCGCGGAGUCGUGGGUCCGUGUGCUGGCGACUUCACUGACGCUCUACUGAACCGUCUCGACGUGCAGGAAGCGUUGCAUAUUGAAGGCGAACUGCCCGUGAAGUGGGUGGACUGCCAGCCCUACAUCUCGCACAACUUCGACCGUACAUUCUCGUCAUUAAACAAGUAUCGGAAGCUUCUUGGCAACGACCUAAAGGUUCUUAUCUACAGCGGCGACGCCGAUUCGGUUGUGAACUUUAUCGGCACCCAGCGCUGGAUUACGGAGGAUGACGGUCUGGCAUUGAAGCCAGCAUCGCCGUGGCGUGCAUGGCUUGGCCCUGAUGAUCAGAUCGCCGGCUACCACCAGCGAUUUGAGCUUGGACUUACUUUUAAGACCGUCAAGGGCGCUGGUCACAUGGUUCCUGCUGUGCGUCCGCUCCACGGUCUCCACCUCUUCGACUGUUUCAUCUUCGGUGACGAUAAGUGCACGGCCAUCAUCUACCCGACUGAUCCGUUCGAGCGCGAGGCUGCUGGAGGUGCUUUCGGGCCUGCAAGCAAGAAGGAUGAUGAUGACGAACAUCACGACGCUGUGCUGGCACAGCAAACCAGCGCGACCGUCUCGCAGGCCAAUGCAACAGCCGAGGCGGCGUCGGGCGCCACCGUGUCGCUCUUCAUCGGUUGCGCCUUCCUCAUCCUGGCCACAACGGUGUACGCGCACCGCCGCCGUCGACAGAAUGGACACCGCCGUCAGCAGUAUCACCCGAUUUAG